AUGCGGGAGGCGGCAACCAUUACUACUUCGUCUCUUGUGGACACAUCUUCUGUAGAAAUUGCUGCGCAAAAGGCGCCGAACUUGCAAAAGCCGCCACUUGUUUGCUCUAACCUCUUCCGACCUUUGAAAGAUGUCGCACAAGAAUGUAUGACAGAGAUGCAACGUGUGAUCGAGUUCCAACAGCGUCACAAGAAUGGUCUCGUGCGACACUUCUCUUACAAGGACCAGAAAGCCGUCACUUUUGCAAAAUCGGUGCGCUGUGAACUCGAAAAGCAAAAAGGAAGAGAACAGCAGUUUGUCAAAGAGCGAACAGAGCUGCAGAAACGCGUGGAAAAACUGCGCAAAGAGAACGAACAGCUGAAGAAUCAAAUGGAACGUAUGCGCCAGCAGCCUUCACCCCAAACAGAUUACAUGUCAACUGCGCCAGAUUCGGGCCUUGGAACAAACGACUCCCUCUCAUUGUCAUUUAUUGAGACGGUGACGAGCACUCCAAUUAUAGAACAAGGCCCAAAUACACGUCGACAUCUUGCAGCCGCCUUUCAAAUUAGCAGUGGAGCUGUGUCAUCGCCAAUAUGCUCCGUAAAUCGGCUUUUAACAACACCGGCAAUGCUUGGCCUCUCAAAAACUCCACAUACCUUCCACACACAGGAACUUAUUGCACCACGAUCAGCAGCGCCCUAUGAGAAGAUUGGACUCUCGGGUGGAAUGCGAAUCGUUGAAGAAAGAAGAGUGCUCACCGAUCGUCGUCCCAAAUCCAAGAAACAAAAUGGCUCGCGUGGACAAGACUCGGACGACUAUAUGGAUGGAAUCGGC